CGUGGGGCAGACCUGACAACCUGACCUGCGCUCGUACGGCUCUCCUGAUCCCCACCAUCAGCCCCCUACACCAGCAGCGCACACGCUGCAACUUCCUGCUAAGAGACAACUCAGUUGACAUGGAGACGUCAGAGCUGCUGCUACUGCUGACAUUGCUAGGCGCAUGGAGCGGCGCGGACUCACUCAAACUGCCUCACUACAUUAAGCCGUGCUCCCGCAACGACCCGGACCUGAACGCCUGCGCCAAGCAACACGCCAUACAAGCAAUUCCUCAGUUCAUUAACGGUGACCCCAAGUACAAAGUGCCGCCACUGGACCCCAUCCUGAUCGAAGAGUUAUCGGUCGCGCAGGGCUCGUCCAACUUCGGCCUGUUCUUCUUGGCGAGGAACGCGACCCUGUGGGGACUGAAGGAUGUGCAAGUGAAGGACGUAAGAAUCGAUUUGCAGAAGCAUCGUAUAGAGUACGACCUCUUCUUCCCGGUGCUGGACGUCCAGUUUCGCUACAACGUAUCAGGCAAAGUGCUCAUACUGCCCAUCAGAGGCGACGGGCAGGGGAACAUAGUGCUGAAGGACUCCUCCGUCAACGUCGGCUACGACUACGACAGGGUGCGGAAGGAAAGCAACGGAAAGGAGUACGUCCUGCCGAAAGACUUGAAAUUGAGUAUCGACGCAAAAGGCAUGACAAUCCAUCUCGACAAUCUGUUCAACGGGGACAAGUUUCUAGGUGACAACAUGAACACUUUCCUCAACGAGAACUGGAAGGACGUGCUCGCAGACGUGGGACCGACGAUCGGGGAGGCCAUGGCCCAGGUCAUCACGAUUAUCCUCAGCAACAUAUUCCAGCUGGUCCCCUACGACGAAGCCUUCCCGGACAAAGUGUAGAGCAGGGACACCAGCACUGCGGAUCACACCGAGUUAUAUAGGAUAACGCAACGAGGAGAAGGCGGGGCAGUUGCCGGCCUGCGCAUCAGUGGUGGGAGGCUUCACGAAGCUCAAUCAAUCAAUCGUAGACUGGCCGAAGUAGAUCGGGUCUACCCACCACUUACCUCGCCUCCUCUUUGUUGGAAGAUAAUACGUUUCAAGAUGGUAGGUACAAUAUCCGCCCUGGCGCCGCGUGUUCAGGUACAGAACACGCAGCCAUUCAUGAAGAACUCCUGUAGCAUGAAAUAAAGCACGUCACAAAAGAG